AGGUUCAAAUACAUUCCCUCCCCAACCUCCCCUUAUCAACCGGCGGUGGCUUUACCGAUGGCCACGCGGGGUCCACGACGGGUCUUGCACGAAAAAUUCCAUCCGUUCAAUAAUUUAAAAAAAAAUUUAAGUGAACUCUUGAAAAAUCAGCUCAAUCCGAUAUGUGUAGAACCAAAUGAAAAGCAAAUACUUAAUUACAUGGUCAUGAUUAGAUUUUGGAUCUAAGACUCUUAUAUGAGAGCCCUAAGAUAACUGUAGAACCAAAUGAAAAACAAAUACUUAAUUACAAAAGCUCUAGAGCCAAAAAUUAAUCAUGACUCUUUAGAAAAAUAAGAUUUUCGCACCGAUUCAAACGGAUUAAAAAUUAAAGCAUUUAAUUUUUUUAAUUAUAUUUUUUAAUAUUUAAGCAGCUGUGUCUUGGGGAACGUGUAACCUGUUUUCCAAUUUUCCCUACCCAAAACGCCGCCGUUCUUUGGACACUGUAAACAUUUCUUUGCGGAACGGCCGUGAAGAAGUUUAUUUCUUUCCAAAUUGCUUUCAUAUCAUAUUAAGAUUAAAAUACGUACAUUGAAGGAUUCAUAGUUUAAAAUUCAUAAAUUACUUUGCUAGUACCACAUGUAAAUACACACCCAAACAUACGCUCACACUCACAUGUGAUUGAGUGUGUAUUGACGUGUCGUACUAGAGUUGUUGAUCCGCAACAACCAAUUUUCCAAAGGUCAACCAUCAAUCCGGAUAUCUGAUCAAAGAUUAAAAAAAAAAAAACCAUCAAUCCGGAUAAGCCACGUGCAGGGAAACUUGCCCGUGUGGUGUGGUUCUGGUCGGUGAAUAUCACAAAGUGCCUGGCAAUGGCAUAGUCAAUUUUUUAGUACUACAAUUUUCCACUCAUGACAAAACACCCAUGGAAAUAAAUUUCUAUUUCAAUUAUCAGCCCACAGCCAUUGACCUAAGUAGAAAGCCAAUUGCAGUCCAUUUCUUAUGUUCCCCCAGUCUCUCAAGCACUACCAAAAAUAAAGGGCAAAUUCAAUUAUCAUCUCCCCUUUUCGUGUUCAUCUUCACUUUCCAUCUUCCUUCAUCGUCUUUUCCCAACUGCAAUUCACUGCAGUCUUUCCGGUAACUCAACCACAUCAUUCUCCUUAUAGGGUCCCAAGACUCAUAAACAUGUCAACUGGCGACGGAGGCAAUCAAUCCGGCGGGGAAUUCUGUCGUCGCUAUUCACUUGCUGAGAUACAAUGGGCAACCCACAACUUCGAUGAUGCUUUGCUCAUUGGGAAAGGCGGAUUUGGUAAGGUGUAUAAAGGGUUCAUGAACUAUGGAGCUACUGUCCUUGCCAUUAAGCGGCUGAAUACGGAAUCCAAACAAGGGGCACAAGAGUUUUGGUCAGAGAUCAAGACACUUUCCAUGCUCCGGCACCCUCAUCUUGUCACUCUGAUUGGCUACUCCGAUGACUGCGAGGAGAUGAUACUUGUUUACGAAUACAUGGCCAACGGGACGCUCGCGGAUCAUCUCUACAAAAUCCGUGGAAAAGGUAACUCUAAUACUCAUCAUCUCACUUGGAAGGAAAGGCUUCAAAUUUGCAUCAAUGCUGCUCGCGGACUGGACUACCUUCAUAACACGGAGCAGGGUGUCAUACACAGGGACGUCAAGACUACAAACAUUCUCUUAGACGAAAACUGGGUCGCUAAGAUUGCAGAUUUUGGGUUGUCCAAAAUGGGCAUCACACAAACCCACGUUAGCACGGAUGUUAAAGGCACAUUUGGUUAUUUGGAUCCAGAGUACUUCUUGACUCGUAGACUAACCAAGAAGUCGGAUGUGUAUGCCUUUGGUGUGGUGUUAUUUGAAGUGUUAUGUGCAAGGCCGCCAGUGGAUAUGAGAGAUGACAACAAUGAGGAGCAACGUAGUUUACCCUUAUGGGCUCAACAAUGCAUCAAGAAGGGAAUGCUUGAUCAGAUCAUCGAUCCCUAUUUAAGGGGGCAAAUACCACCAAAGUGUCUGAAGCUAUUUGUGAAGGUUGCUAACAAAUGUUUGCACAAACAUCCACAAGGAAGGCCUACGAUGGCUGAAGUGGAAGGCAGGCUCAAGCACAUAUUGGUAUCAUAUGGCAACAUACCGAAGGGUACGAAAAGUGUCAGCAAGGUAAUGAUGGGUUGUGCAUGCGUACCAGCACACGGCAUAAUUUUGGCGAUGAUGUCGAAGAACCAUAACAUCUCAAGGUAUGGUUCUGAGAAUGAAUUUCCCAGGCGGUUGCAGAGGGACCCGUUUAAGGUCACUGCAGCUCGGCUAUACCGACGUUUCAAGCUGGCACAAAUUCAAGCCGCAACAAACAAUUUCCAUGAGAAUCUGGUGAUUGGAGAUGUUGGUUAUACCAGAGUCUAUAGAGGCCUUAUUGACAGGGGAACUACUGAGGUGGCAAUUAGACGGUGGAAAGAAGGGAAAUCAAGAGAAAGGAACCUGGACCAGUUUACAGCUGAGAUCCAGGUGCAAUCCCAGCUCCGUCACCAUCACAUCGUCCCUUUAGUUGGAUAUUGCAAUGACAAAAACGAAUUGAUUCUUGUGUACGAGUACAUGGUCAACAAAUCUCUCCACUAUCAUCUGUAUGAACCCAAUCGUGGUUCUCUUCCGUGGGAAAAGCGUCUUGAGAUUUGCAUAGGUGUGGCACGAGGACUUCAAUACCUACACACGGGUACCAAACAGACAAUCAUUCACCACAACCUAAAGCCAACCAGUAUUCUGUUGGACGAGAAUUGGGCUGCCAAACUUUCAAGUUUAGAGUUUUCCGUAGUGCUACCCACCAACGGAUUGACUGCUACCUGUAGUACCUUUGUCGCCGGCAAUGUGGGAUACAUGGAUCCAGAGUACGUUGCAAGUUCAAAAUUAACUAUAAAAACCGAUGUGUACUCAUUCGGGGUGAUCUUACUGGAAGUCCUCUGUGGUAGGAAGACAAUGGUUAUCACAAGGGAUGAGGCUGAGGUAAAUUUAGUGCAUUGGUUCAAAACUAAUGUUCAAAUGGGUACCAUUAAUGGGAUCAUUGAUCCGGUCCUAGUUGAUACAAUAGCACCUGAAUGUUUGAAGGAAUAUGUCGUGAUUUCAGAAACUUGCUUGCGUGGAGAGGGGAUUGAACGUCCAUCGAUGGAUGCUGUGGUAGGUAGCCUGUGGUGUGCACUGCAGCUGCAGGAGGCUUGGCUAAACAAGCCCCACGAGACCAUCCCUCGUUCUCACAACCAGUUCUCUGAUGGUAGUGUAAUAGUUGACAUCCCAGGUAAAGGACGUAGCAGUGGGAUGAUUUUGACGAGUUUAGAAGAUUCGACUUAUCUUUCAGGUAAUCUAGCACGAUAGCACAAGAUUGAUAUUAACAUAAAAAAUUUCUGUAAUGGAGUGGCUUUAAUCAGCAAGUCCUUAUAGCAUGGUUGCAAAAUCCUCCAAUAAAUGUCCAUUUACUUACGUAGACAAUUGAACCAGUCAAGCUUCAGUUCAUUGUAUGUAUUGGUUUUUGUUUAUGGGAAGUUCUUCUCUUGCUUGUAUGGAUUUA